UAGCCCUAAAAAGUUGUGUAACCUUGAUGAUAUUUUGGCACACCCGCUUUUCGAUGAUAUUCCAACGGGUUAAGUGAGGAUGAAGUUCUUAUAUUUGCUUGAAGUAUUUGAAAAAGAUCAAAAAAGGCUCUACUGAAUUUUGGUGCAUUAGAUGUAUUGUACAGUGAUAAAGCAAAAGCAUUGGCAACGGAGUUUGUCAUGUUUAGUUUUAUUGACCAGAAGGAAAAUUUCCCAAAAUGCUACUGAGAAGAAAUGCUAUUAUGAUGUGCUUGGCUUAAAUAAGACUGCUACAAGAAAAGAAAUAAGAAGUGCAUAUGUUUCCAAAACUAAAGAGUUGCAUCCAGACAAAGAUAUUAGUGACCCAGAAUUACACGAUCUUUUUGUAGAGGUCAAUGAAGCAUACACAGUUUUAGGAAAUAAUGUUAAAAAAGCAGAAUAUGACAACUUGAAAACAAACAUGACAAGAAUAAAGUAUAAAGCAGGUUAUGCUUCUACAGAUAACCCAUUUGGAAAUGUAAGAGAUAGCCAUUAUAGCCACAGCACACAGUUUGACCCAAAAUUUCAAGGUUUUAGUGAGGAUGAGCAGUAUACAGAAAGUUCCAAGAGAGAUUUUGAGUUUGCCAAAGAGAAAUAUAGAGGAGAACGCAGCUCUGCAAACAAAUACAUCAUUUCUGCUGCUCUGGCCAUCAUGGCUGCGGGUGCCAUUGCACAUUACUUUCAAAUAAAUUUCAUUAGAAGGAGAUUUGAGGAAUACCAAGAAAAAGUCCAGCAAGAGACAUCUAGUGUUUACAACACUGUUCGGCAAAAAGCAAAGUUAAAUGGGCCACGAAAGCAGCUGCAACUUUUAGCAUCAAGUAAAGAAUUUUCCGACUCUUCAAAAGACCGUUGAACUUUAAGAAUUUUUCGAGUGUAUAAAGCUUUUGUGUUGUGAAUUUAAAGUCUAGAAAAAUUAACCAUCUGUAUGAUAAUUAGUUUAUUAGAAUAUGUAAAUGAAUCUCUAGUUCUUUGG